GGCAGUUCCAUCGUAAAACUUGCCACCUCUGGUGAAGCUGAAGAUGAGACUAGAUGCCUGACUGUCCCAUCCGUCCUUAUGGCCUUCUGCUGAGAGAGGUCUAACAGGGCGAGACAGGAGUUAACAGAUACAGUGAAAGGUAUAAAUAGUGGCUGUAGCAGUAUCCCGGUGUUAACAGUGAACACCUGCAGGCUGGUAACAUGGCUUUCUUCAAGUGCACGCUCAGUCUCCUCGUCCUUCUUGUGGUCUCUGACUGCUCCUGGGCUGAAGAGCAGGAUCUGUCUGUAUCUGAGCUCCUGUGGAGGGCAAACAAGGAUGUCGUGCAUACGGAGGACGAGCCCUUGGUCAUGGACGACAUUGCUUAUGACAACGAAAAUGAGAGAAACGCUGAUCCCUGCACCUCCAGGGGCUGCAUGUGGGGCAAAUCCAGCGAUGGGAAGGUCUACGUGCCCUAUGUCAUUGCCACACAUUACUCUUCUCGGGAGCGCUCCAUCAUCGAGCGUGGGCUAACAUCCUUCACUGAUGUCUCUUGCAUUCGCUUUGUCCAACGCACCAACCAGAGAGACUACCUGAGCAUCCAGUCCAACAAUGGCUGUUACUCCUACGUUGGCCGCCGUGGUAAUGCCCAGACGGUGUCUCUGGACCGUCAGGGCUGUCUCUACCACAACACCGUCCAGCACGAGCUGCUCCACGCUCUCGGCUUCAACCACGAACAGUGCCGCUCUGACAGGGACCAGCACAUCAGGGUCCUGUGGGAAAACAUCCAGUCUGGUUACGCUUACGCCUUCGACAAGAUUAACACUCUGAACCAGAACACUCCCUACGACUACAACUCUGUCAUGCAGUACCACAGGUAUGCCUUCUCCGGGAACAAUAAGCCCACGAUGGUUCCAAUCCCCAACGCAAAUGUUGAAUUCGGCACGGGCAAUCAGAUGAGCAGUAAUGACAUCACCAGACUGAACAGGCUGUACAAAUGUUAA